UUCUUCAGUCACACAAAUCAUUCACAGGACCUCCAUUAAACCUUCCAUACGAGAGAUGGAUUCUGGAAAUUUAGAAGCUGAAAAUGCUGUUAUUGAAGUUGUUGAGGAUGUGGAUACCAAUGUGACAGAUCCCCAAAACUUGAACAAAGUUGAUGAACAAAAUCUUGAUUCAUCAAGCACAAGAGGGGAUGAAUCUUGUGAGAAUGUUAAGAAUGACCCCAAAACCCCGAAUUCGGUUAAGGUUACCACCAAAGGGAGUGGUACUUCCAAGAACACCACCAAAGUGGCUAAAGAUGGCUCCAGCACUAGUGCGUUGGCUCGUAAGCCCAGACCGAGCCUGUCCCAGAGUUUAUCUUUCCCUGCCAAAACCCGAACCCCUGGUUCCAUGAGGACUAGCAUUGACGGACAACCCAUCAAACCACGGGUUGUGAGGUCCAGGGACGAAGCUACAUUAUCCAAUGAGACUGCCGCAUCAGCGUCUUCUCGAUCAUAUAGUGGGAGCAGCGCUUCUGGAUUUUCUUUCAAGUUGGAUGAACGAGCUGAAAGGCGAAGAGAGUUUUAUCUGAAGAUAGAGGAGAAGGUCCAUGCCAAGGAAGUCGAAGAAACUAACUUGCAAGCCAAGUCAAAGGAAAACCAAGAAGAAGAGAUAAAGAAGUUGAGGAAAAGCUUGAAAUUUAAAGCUGCACCAAUGCCAAAGUUUUACAAAGAUCCCCCUCCAAAACCUGAACUCAAGAAGAUACCAACCACACGUCCCAAAUCACCUAGGCUGGGAAGAAUCAAGAGCUCUGUGGCUGCAUCCGUGGAACAAACAGACACGGUUCAUAGCCCCCAUGUCGCUAGAGACCAAACCAUGUCACCUAGGAUCAAACCCACAAACCGCAACAAAGAGACUGCUGCUUCCAAGAAACCAAACAUAAAACCGUUGGCUAAGACCUCACAAGUCAAAACUGGCAAGUCAAAAGAAAAGGCCUUAAAGACAGAAGCCAAAGAGGAGAAAGUUGAAGGUUGUGUAGAUGUUAAUACGACGCAGGAAAGUGGGUUCGGUUCAAGUUCAACCAAUCAGGAUAUGACCCCUGCAGACAUUGCCGUUGGAGGUUAAAAUUUGGAUAAAAAUGUUGUCGAUAACUGUAUGUAAUAGGAGGUUCUUGUUCUUUGUUUUGAAGUUUCUAAGGGUUCUGUGUAGUGAAUGGUUUUGGUGCAA